CACAUCACAACGACCAGCACGCAGCAGCAGCCACACAAAACUAGCAUGCUAGUCACAGAGACAGUAAGAGGUUAGUGCUAGCUACUCCCCUAGCUUAGCUAUAGCUUGCUCUUGCCGCGGCGUGCUUGCUAGCUUCAUUACUUGUGCACUUGGGUGCAGUGCCUGCAGUAUAAUCAAGUUUAGGGUUAAAAGAACCUCGACCGCGAUCGUAUAUAGAUCCAGAUUAUCAUUAGUUAUUAGACCACUGUGAUAUCGAUGGACGACGGCGGCGAGCCAACCAAGUACCGCGGCGUGCGGCGCCGGCCGUCGGGGAAGUUCGCCGCCGAGAUCCGCGACUCCAGCCGGCAGAGCGUGCGCAUGUGGCUGGGCACCUUCGACACGGCCGAGGAGGCCGCAAGGGCGUACGACCGCGCGGCCUACGCCAUGCGCGGCCAAAUCGCCGUGCUCAACUUCCCCGCCGAGGCGCGCAACUACGUGCGCGGCGGGUCGUCGUCGUCCCGCCAGCAGCAGCAGGGAGGAGGAGGAGGAGGAGGAAGUGGCGGCGGCGCCGGUCAGCAGGUGAUCGAGCUGGAGUGCCUGGACGAUCAGGUGCUGCAGGAGAUGCUCAAGGGCGGCGACGGGAAAAAAUAGUUGUUAGCGUAUCUGAUCACAGGUGCACGUGUUGAAACUGAUUAUGACCAGGCGAUCGAUCCCAUCUUGUGCAUGCGGCCUGCCAAAGUUGCUGGGUCUUCUCAUCGACCUAUAUAUAUAUGCUUCUCGAUCCAUAUAUAUAUCAUAAAUGCAUGCAGGGUGCAUGCAUGUACCAAGUUUGGAAUUAUAAUGCUCUUGGUGCUGAAUUGAAGUAUACUAGUAUAUAUAGUGUGAUCCAUGUAUUGAAAAGGUUGUUUUGCUUAA